AUCAAAAUAACUUUCAACAAUUUUCCUCACACGUGUCGAUUUCUUACGUGUCCUUUCUUCAAUUCUUUUCCUUUUAUCAUCUCCUCUCUCUUUCAAACUCAACCACUGCUACUGAGUUAUGGAGCGUUUGGACGAUUCAGAAGAGCAACUCGAACGAGUUGACUCUGAUCAGUUAACAUUGACAAGCUCUGGUUCAGGCAUUUCGUCUAUAUUCAGCGCUGACGAUUUCCGUAACUUCAACGGUUCCGGUGACAUUUCCUCUAUCAGCAGUGGCUCAGGUGAGAUUCCGAUAUUUACGGUGAAUCGAGUGAUUCUUGCACCUUCGUUGAUCGCUGAGAAGUAUGAAGGUGACAGCAACAGCAACAAGGCUGACGUGACGGCGGCGAGGGAGAAGUGCGUCGGAAGGAACAACAAGGGAGUGAGUUGGGGAUAUACUUCAGUGAUUGGGAGACGGAACGAAAUGGAGGAUGAUGUAGCUGUUAUUCCAGGAUUUUUAUCACGCACUUGCGAUCACGUUGGUGGUUGUACGGCUCCCGGUUCUAGAUCCUCCGGUAAGAUCAGUCCUGUUCAUUUCUUCGGCGUUUACGACGGACACGGUGGCUCUCAGGUUGCUAAAUUUUGUGCCAAGCGGAUGCAUGAUAUUAUAGCAGAGGAAUGGGACCGAGAAAUAGCCGGUGGUGCUGAAUGGCAGAAAAGAUGGGAAGCUGUAUUUGCUAAUGGCUUUGAGAGGACUGACAGUGAAAUCGAAUCAGAAGCAGUUGCACCAGAAAUGGUUGGAUCUACUGCCUCUGUGGUUGUUCUAUCUGGUUGUCAAAUUAUUACAUCCAACUGUGGCGACUCAAGGGUGGUUCUUUGCCGCAGGACUCAAACACUCCCAUUGACAGUAGAUCAGAAGCCUGACAGAGAGGACGAACUCUUGAGAAUUGAAGGAGAAGGAGGAAAAGUAAUAAACUGGAAUGGAGCUAGGGUGUUUGGUGUACUUGCCAUGUCCAGGGCCAUAGGUGAUCGGUACUUGAGACCAUGGAUUAUUCCGGUGCCAGAGAUAACUUUUACAGCAAGAACAGACGAGGAUGAGUGUUUAAUUUUGGCAAGUGAUGGACUUUGGGAUGUAAUGACGAAUGAUGAAGUGGGAGAAGUAGCACGCCACCUUCUAAGAAGGCGCCGCAGAUCCUUGUCAACAGAGGAAAUAUCCCCAACACAAGUUGUUGCAGAUAGACUCACUGAAAUUGCAAUUAGUAGAAAUAGUAAAGAUAACAUUUCAAUCAUAGUUAUUGAUCUGAAAUCGAAUAGAAAACGUCUGCAAAGGCCUGCUUCAAUUUCCCAAGAACACGAUUGAUUCUCUUCAAUAGUUUUCAACCUUUACAAAGUGAUGAACUCCCUAAAGUUGAUCUACAUAUAAGCACUUUGUCAUGAUGGUUCUCUUAAACUGCUGUACAGAGCUGACUGGCAAAAUAAUCUGCUUCAUGACAAGUAACAACUAGCUAGGCAUUGUUUGUUACAAUGAAGUGCUUAUCAAUACUUCAUUUCAUCAGUUCAGUCCUUGACAGGGGUAGAAUGAAUUUACCAAUUCAUAUGUUGAACUUUUAAAAACUAUUACUAAUGGAAUGAAAUAUGAAACUCUCAAUUUACUCUUCAA